GAGUACGAUCGCAAGGGCUGACAUUGGGGAGGGAGGAUCCAAUAAAUGUCAGAGGGCGGGACUUCAAGAAGGAAGAGCCAAUGACUGAGCAGUUGCGAAGGAGAGGCCGGCUGACUUUGGUCAGAGGAAGGAACCAAGAUGGCGGCGCCCAGGGCGCUUCUUAGAGCAGGAUACCAAGCGUGGAGGGGAGGAGGGACCCCCAGGACCCUGAGCAGCCAGAGUCAUCUUGGCCAAGGCCCUAACCCCAAAUAUGACCUGAAGGCGAAUCCCAGCCGUGCCCCCCAGCAGGGCCUGAUGGCCUGGAUGGCCUCUCGAUUCUACGACAUGGAGCAGUUUCGAGAGUGGAUUUUCCAGUUCUGGAGUUGGAACCUAUAUAGGAAAAACAAGGUCUUCAGCCAUACACUGAAACACCAUGGCCCCAACGUGGCAGCCGCUCACUUUGUCCUGACCCAAGGCGGAGCUGUCAGGUUCCAGGACCAGGAGUGGAUCCUCCCCCGAGACAAGAACCAAUUCCUUCGGAACUGUUCUCACUUCCAGAGACUGCCCCUGGAGGAGGUGGACGCCAGCGGCUGUGUCAUCAACUACUAUGGGCUGGAGAACCUGGUGUUCCUGCCCCGGCUGCGAUCCCUGAAGCUGUGUGGCUGCCCUAAUGUGGACGACUGGUGCUUGAGCCGCUUGCACUCUCUGGGGGACUGCCUGCAAGAGCUCUCGCUGGCUGGCUGUCCCCGGGUCACCGAGCGAGGCCUCGCCUGCCUCCAUCACCUCUGGAACCUCCGGCGUCUGGACAUCUCUAACCUUCCAGCUGUGUCCAAUAAAGGCCUAACCCGGAUUCUGGUGGAGGAAAUGCUGCCCGACUGUGAGGUGCUCGGGGAGGACUACGCUGAGGGGCUGGAGCCCCUCUCUGAGGAAGAGAAGGCUGCAGCAGGUGUGGCAGCAGCCACCCCCGCAGCCCCUGUGCCACCUUAGACGCUCUGGGAGCCCCUCUCCCUGCCCCCAGCUUCCUCAUCACUUCCCCAGGCACCCCAAGAGACAUCGCUGGCCUCAGGCUUCUGUGGCUACCCCUUCUCCCUUCUACUUCCAGGGCAAAGGUGGGGUGGGACACCCCAUGGGGGAUGGUUGUCAUGGUUGUCCUGCUUCCCCACUAACAGCCCCACCCUGUUCUCUUAGCUUGUCUGCGAUCCCAAUACAUGGGUGGUGGAGAGGCCCUUGUUAGCCACACUCAUGCAGUUGUCCCCAGAAUCCCCCCCACCACCCCAGUCCUGGGGUAGGGGGGCUGGUAAUGGGAGUAUGGGUGGGACAGGAGGAACAUGAGUCAAGGGGGUGAGCCAAAGGGGGGCCCCUUGGGUGGCUGCCUCAGAAACCAGGGUGAUGGCAGUGCAGGAGAUGCUGAGGGCCCAUCCCUCCUUCCUCCCAGCCUCCCCUGGGAUGUGGUGUCUGAGUGCAGAUCUGAGUCCAUUAAUUCUGGGCUGAGUUUCCCUCCUCUCCCCAUGGGCUUCAUUAGUCUGAGGGAGGGAGGGGGGCUGGGGCUCAGUCCCUCCCCGGCUGCCUCCACACACAGAUAAUAAACAUUGUUGGAAACUAGUCUUAGGCCCUCCUGGGUGGGGAGGGUAGGCCGUUAGGGGGUAAUGAUGGUGGUAGUCGUGGUAGCUGGCCAGCUCUCUAAAGCAAAGCUUCUUAAUCUGUGGGUCAAGACCCCCUGAUGUGGGGGUUGCAAAGAAUUUGGCAGCAAUAAAAGGUUAUGUAUACCUUUUUUUGUAUACCUAUA